AUGCCCAAGAUAUUAUGCCUUCACGGGCACGGCACAAGCGCGGCCAUAUUCAAAUCCCAGACCGCUGCUUUCCGUGCAAAGCUCGACAGCAGCUUCAUUUUCGACUUUGUCGACGCUCCGUUUCCCAGCCGCGGAGCCCCAGGUAUUGACGCCAUCUACAAAAGCGACACGUACACAUGGUGGCCGCAGCCAACCUCGCAGGCCAUCCGGGCAUCCCACUCUUGGGUAGCGGACUACGCGCGUGAGCAAGGCGGCUACGAUGCCGUUUGCUGCUUCUCACAGGGAUGUUCGCUGGCCGCAAGCAUGGCGCUGUAUCGCGCAGUGGACGCAGCCACGGCACAAACGAAUGGCCACAAUUCCGAUGAGCCUUUGCCCUUUCGGGCUGCCAUCUUCAUCUGUGGCGGCGUACCGCUGCCGGUGCUUGAACACAUGGGGCUCGAGGUACCAUCGCGCGCGCACGAAAUCAACAAACGCACCGGCGAAUUGUUGAAUGGAACGGCCGGGCGACUGAAUGAGCUGGCGGCAAACGUGAAGCUGAUCAAGCGAGGCGUCGGCCUGUGGGACACGGGAAAGGGCGAGCUCAUGCACGAUCCCAAGGCCCGGCCGGAGCUGAGCGAUGUCUUUGGCCUCGACUUCACCAGGUUCCCAAAGAGCGCGCGCAUUAGCAUCCCUACGGUGCACAUCUACGGCUCCAAGGACCCCAGAUGGCCGGCAGGCAUUCAGCUGGCGGAGUUCUGCGAGGACAGGUUGGAGUAUGACCACGGAGGCGGCCAUGAUAUCCCACGAUCGACCGAGGUGUCGAAUAAGAUUGCAGACAUGAUCACCCAACUAAUGAGCCAAAUCGAGAGCCCCGCAAUGGGAUAUCAAGAGGGUGCCAUCGGGAGCAACGGGAGCGGCGGGAUUACGCAAUUUGAACUGCUGAAUCAGGGAAUCAAGGUCAAUCAAUAG